AUCCCUGGAAAGAGCUAGACCACUAUCUUUAAUCUCAAAGUUGUAAGGAUGAAAAAUUGCCUCUAAUAUUUUCUAGGGCAGAAAAUCUUUCGAUAAGAAAGGAUGUCUCGGGAAGUCUUUCUGUCUUUGUGUUUCUCUGGAACCUUCUUAGAUUACCUCAUGAUUUUUUUAAACUACUAACAAUGAAAGCUCAGUCUCUCCAUGGGUCUAAUGGGCACCAGUGGCAGACCUGAGUGUCUUGAGGUGAUUCUGCUCUUUCAAAUAAAAAUGUAAGAGUGUGGGCUAGCAAGACCGCUGAGUGGGUGGCGUGGGGUGCGCCAUCAGGCCUAAUGAUCUGAGUUCCAUACCCAGAAACUCCAUGGUAAAAGGAAAGAACCAGUUCUCUCAGGUUGUCCUCUGAUUUCCAGAGAACACUAACUCCAGGUCAUUGUUUAUCAACAUAUAACUCGUUUAAGAUUUCACAGUGGCUCCCAGCUAAGAAGCUUGGAGUCUCGGGGGAGAAUUCUGACUUGGACUUCUGUGUGAUACUGGACAGUUAAGCUUUAGAGGUCUUGGGUAUGGAGAAGAUAAAUUUUGCAUUUUAAGAGGAGCUGAGGGAAGAACACUGGUGUGAAUAAGGACUAUAGGUGCAUUGCUAUAGGUUUUAUGGCAGCUCCUGCUCUGAUUUGAAGGUCACAGACCUUUCAAGCCAUGGAGGGUGCUCUCUUGAUGAGGAUUAUCAGAGGUUGCUCCUUUCCUGUCUCUCUCUUUGCUUCCCAGAGUGAACAGAUUAAGCAACUUUGUACACCGCACGAUCUUGCCAUGUUGCCUUUUGCCACCACAGAUUCGAAGCAAUAGGGCCAUGGGUCUGGAACUUUCUUUGCGUGUCUGUCUUGUCUUCCUCCCCAAUAGCAAGGUGUCUUUUCCUCUGUUUGUCAUUACGGUCAUGUACCUGUCUCUCUGCUCUAUGUAUACUUCUCAAGUCUGCUGCGACUGUUGUGAAGUCUGACAGUUGCUAGGCUUGGACUCUUCAGUCUUGCCAGAGGAUGGGAAAAACAAUGAAGUGGACAAGAGACUUUUUUUGUGAAGAUUCUCUGUUUUUCACAAGAAGAAGAAACAUCCCACGACGCCUGAGCUAAACCUGACCAUCAGCCCACAUUAAGCUUACCAGGACAGGGGACCAUGGACAUUGCAGCAUAUUUUGAAAGGAUUGGUUAUAAGAACUCAGCGAAUAAACUGGACUUGGACACACUAACUGAAGUUCUUCAGCACCAGAUGCGAACAGUUCCUUUUGAGAAUCUUAACAUGCAUUGUGGAGAAGCCAUGAAUUUGGACUUAGAGACCACAUUUGCCCACAUAGUGAGGAAGAAGCGGGGCGGGUGGUGUCUCCAGGUUAACCAUCUCCUGUACUGGGCUCUGACCGAAAUGGGCUUUGAAACCACAAUGUUGGGAGGGUACGUUUACAUAGUUCCAGUCAAUAAAUACAGCAGAGAAAUGAUUCACCUCCUAGUCCAGGUGACCAUCGGUGACAGAAACUACAUUGUUGAUGCGGCCUUUGGAGGCUCCUGCCAGAUGUGGGAGCCUCUGGAAUUAGUAUCAGGGAAGGAUCAGCCUCAGGUGCCUUCCAUCUUCCGUUUGACAGAAGAGAAUGGAACCUGGUACUUGGACCAAAUCAGAAGAGAGCAGUGUGUUCCCAACCAAGAAUUUGUUAACUCCGACCUCCUUGAGAAGAGCGAAUAUCGGAAAAUCUACUCUUUCACCCUGAAACCGCGCACUAUAGAGGACUUUGAAUAUGUAAAUACCUACCUCCAGACGUCAUCAACAUCCGCAUUUGUACACACUUCAUUUUGUUCUUUGCAGACCCCAGAAGGUGUUUGUUGUUUAAUAGGCUCUACCUUUGCAAGUAGAAAAUUCAGCUAUAAGGACAAUGUAGAUCUGGUGGAGUUUAAGAAUGUAAGUGAGGAAGAACUAGAAGACGUACUGAAAGCUGCAUUUGGUGUUUCUUUGGAGAGAAAGCUUGUACCCAAAAAUGGUAACCUGUCUUUUACUAUUUAGGGUGAGGAGUAAAAUUGGUUUUCAUUACUAUUUCAUGUUCUUUAACAUUUGAAACAUAUGCAGAUGUAUCCAAAACAGUCCUUAUAGGAUCAUCACUGAACUUGAUAUUGAUCAACUAAUGAUUUGUAUCUUUUUUUUCCUUACAUUUUAUGAAAAGAAAUCCUAGCAGUCCUGUUAUUUUAACCAUGAAAAAUAUAAUCAGUUAUAAUUAAAUAAAAUUUUAAUGAAUAUAAUCACAAUCCUUUUCAAGAUUAAUCAUACAAAAAAUUCUUAAUGAAGAUGUGGUUAUCUUGGGGGCCAUAUUCACUUGCAAGAGAAAACCUUCAAAUAUUAUGUUAUUGUUGAACUCACAUAAAACUUAUACUAGUAGUUCAGUAUGAAUAAACACAACUGUUAAGUUCAGUGAGAAAAAAUCUGAUGACCAAGGUAUCCAAGAAGCCACCUUCACAACUUAGGAUCAGAAUAAAGCAAGCAAGAAUGAGUCAUCAAUUCAGUUCCAGGCAACUUCCUCAAGCCAGUGCAUGGGGCUCUAUGAGUAACUGCCAAGAUAAUGGUAUGGCGUGGAAUUUCUUCCAAGGUUAAUUUUGUGACAUACGUCUGUUUGUAUUUGAUACUUUUUUUAAAGCUAUGGGAACACUGAUAUUUGGAAUUAGGUGAUUUAUAAAAUAUAUGU